CUGCCCUGGGCCUUCCCAGCACCCAACCAUUUCCCAGGGCAGGAAACCUCGGAGCCAGGGAGUGGCUUCCCUUUGAGCCCGGAGACCGCAGCCCCUCCCUCGUUGCCAUGGCGACAAAGGGCCGCUAGACUGGGGCGGGAUCAUGGCGACUACUGCGGGAAUGACUUCGGUGCCCACGACCCCCUCAGUGAUGACCCCUGCGGGCACCUCGCCGGAUACAGAGAGGGAUACUGAAUCCAAUGAGCAUGAGGAAAUCCUUUCUCCUGAUUUUCUCUCAAUUGACCAGAUCACUGAAUUGCUAACAGCGGACCCAAAUGGAGUUCAACAAAAACUGCAAGAGUUUUUGAACUUCAAAGAUCUUCAAACUAGUUUAAAGGAAGCUAUUCUAUUAGAUUAUUAUGCAUCUGGAUUUUUGUGGGCUCAAGGGAUGGACUUCUCUGUUAUUCAGUAUUCAAAGUUUAUGACUUUGCUAGAUAUGUUGCUUCAUAAUCUUAAAACACUCCAUAUGUCUUUAGAAGACAGCAUAAAAUGGGUGGGAGAAGUUAUGGCUGAAGUAGGACCAUGCCAUUUAGGAAAAAAUGAUGAAUGGAAUAUCUUUGAUGUUACACAAGCCAAAGCUAUUAUUGAUUACUUAAAAAUCAGCUUAUUUCAACACUACAAGCUAUAUGAGUUCCUGUUCUAUUCUACCAGGGAAGAAAUUGUAAUAGGAACUGAGCAAGUGGUAGAGGUUGUAAAGCCCGCAGAGAGCCCUUUCCCCGGUCCUUUAGAAGAAGGAAUCUCGUUUGAUACUUACUCAACAUUCAUCAUGCCUCCCCCAACAUCAGUUACCGAUACGAAGGGGUUGGAUCAAGAACAAGGCCCUGAGAAGAGCCAGUCAGAAACGGAUGCCUCUGAUAUGGACCCUUUAUCUGGUCUCACCAUUGAAGACAUAAAAUCAGUGCUGGGCCAAGUCACGGAGGACGUUCUCAUCAGCAUUCAGAUGGGUAUGUUACUAUCCACUUCUAAAACCUGCUAUCUGGUGCUGUUGGCCCUGAACAUGGCCACAUCCUUUCCCAAAGACCGAGAUCAACGAAAAGCUGCAAAUACAGGAAGAGGCCUUUAAUGCACGGAUAGAAAAAUUGAAAAAGGUCUGAGGAUGGGGCGCAAGGAGAGUGUCGCUAAACUUCACAGAAACAAACAAAACCAGCCCACAUAAUAGACUCUCCAGAGCCGCAGAUCGCCUUCAUGUUGUUGUGAGAGGAAAACCAAGCCCGCUUUUAUGAUCCUAAGUAAUUAGAAAGUAUUGGCCCCAAUUUUGCUAUCUGUUGUCUUUUAACAGCCUCUGAAUUCAUUGCACCAAGUGUAAUAAGAAUAUUUUGUAUACAAGAGUUUGGAGAAGUAUAUAUAAAAACACAAUUACUUUUACGGUACACCUCUGACAUUUUGACUAAUAAAUGCUUUUCAUCUUCAA